GGGCACUUCCGUAUUUCCUUUUAACCCAGACGCAAGCGCAGCGUGGUGCUGCUGCGGAGGUCCUUGUGAUCUUUCCGGUCGGGGCGACCAAUCCGGCCAUAGAGAAGCGGGGCGGACCGAGAGGAGCGAAGCGAGCUCGUCCAGCCACUGUCGCGGCAGGGGCGUGGAGAGCUGGGGGCGGCCAGGGCCGCGAUUGCAAACAUGGCUCAGGAAAGAGACGGCGGGAACCCGUUCGCCGAGCCCAGAGAGCUUGAUAACCCCUUUCAGGACCCAGCUGUGAUCCAGCACCGACCCAGCCCGCAAUAUGCCACACUCGACGUCUACAACCCUUUUGAGACUCGGGAGCAGUCACCAGUUUAUGAGCCUCCUGCCCCUGCACCGUUGCCUCCACCCUCAGCUCCCUCCUUACAGCCCUCGAGGAAGCUCAGUCCCACAGAACCCAAGAACUAUGGCUCCUAUAGCACUCAGGCCUCAGCUGCAGCAGCCACAGCUGAGCUGCUAAAGAAGCAGGAGGAGCUCAACCGGAAGGCAGAGGAGUUGGACCGGAGGGAACGGGAGCUGCAGCAUGCUGCCCUGGGGGGCACAGCUACUCGACAGAACAAUUGGCCCCCACUACCGUCUUUUUGCCCAGUCCAGCCCUGCUUUUUCCAGGACAUCUCCAUGGAGAUUCCCCAAGAAUUUCAGAAGACAGUAACCACCAUGUACUACCUGUGGAUGUGCAGCACCUUGGCUCUUCUCCUGAACUUCCUCGCCUGUUUAGCCAGCUUCUGUGUGGACACUAGGAAUGGCUCAGGCUUUGGACUUUCCAUCCUGUGGAUCCUCCUUUUUACUCCUUGCUCCUUCGUCUGCUGGUACCGCCCCAUGUACAAAGCUUUCCGGAGUGACAGUUCAUUCAAUUUCUUCGUUUUCUUCUUCAUUUUCUUCGUCCAGGAUAUACUCUUUGUGCUUGAGGCCAUUGGCAUUCCAGGAUGGGGGUUCAGUGGCUGGAUCUCCGCUCUGGUGGUGCUGGAAACCAGCACGGCUGUAGCUGUGCUCAUGCUCCUGGUUGCCUUGCUCUUCACUGGCAUUGCUGUGUUGGGAAUUGUGAUGCUAAAGCGGAUCCACUCCCUGUACCGCCGCACAGGUGCCAGCUUUCAGAAGGCCCAGCAAGAAUUUGCUGCUGGUGUCUUCUCCAACCCUGCGGUUCGAACUGCAGCUGCCAAUGCAGCAGCUGGGGCUGCUGAAAAUGCCUUCCGGGCUCCAUGACCCCUGCCGGGGUCCCUGGCCCUGCCAUUUUCAGGGAGCUAACAGCCCCCAUUCCUGGGUUCUCUGUGACCUGGCGAGGCAUCACUACUGGAUGUCACCUUUCCAGGGCCCCAGUGCCAUGGCCAUGACUGCUGAGUCUGGUUCACGGGAGCAAGGAGCCCACUGUGACCCUGUCACAUUGCUUGCCCCCCUCCCAUCAGGCCACAUUGCUGCCACCUCUCACACCACCCCAAUCUCAGCUUCCCUCUGUUGUGCCAAGGCUAUUGCUUCGGUUAUUUAAAUAAAAAGAAAGUGGAACUGGAA